CUUCCGUAAAGAGUCGCAAGUGUCGUUUCUUUGAGGUUGGUGUUUCCCCUGGUGAUAGCACAGAGGCUAUUGGUGUUGUGGAAAUUCAUGAUGUCAUCAGAGGAGUCAUAUUAAUCGUCGGAUCGAUUGUGACAUGAGAUACUGACAUCAAUAGUAACGCAUCUCUUACAGGACUCCAUCACAAUCUUAAAAAGUGAAGUGUGUUUUCAUUAUAACAGAACAAUUUCAUGGUUUARACUGUCUAGACUUACAGAGCGGGAUCCUUAGUUAGCAUGAAGUUUGACGUGAGGAUCUUUUGCGUCUUCGUGUUAUUACGACUGAAAUCAGACCUCGCGAACGCAGAUCAGCUUCAUGAAACUGUGCAAAGAAUUGAGAAAGACGAAGCGAGACAUUCCUCUGGUUGUACGUAUACAAGACGAGUGAAACGCCACGAUAAUGCMAUGUUCCCGCCUUCCCGUCCCUCGGGAUCAGGCUUUGGUAAAGCAUUACGAUUCUUCGGUAAGGAAACAAUUCAAUUCACGAAACAGAGUUAUAUCACCCCAAGAGAAUUCACUGUUGAACUUUGGAUGAAGCCAGAAGGAGGACARCAAUCUCCUGUAAACGUCUUAGCUAUACUUGACUAUUGUUCGCCUCAAGUUAGCGAUAGAGGAUGGCGAAUAGGGCUACAAGAAGCUGGAGCGGAAAAAAAUCUUCGUGUGUUUUUCAGCCUGCGAGCGGCGCGCUCACACAAGAGCAGCACUGUGCUCUCACCUYUGAAAGUCGAACCAAAAGUUUGGAUUCACGUCGCAGCCACUUAUGACGGUAAAUACAUGAAAUUGUACAUAAAUCAGGCCAACGUAGCAGUCUCUACUGAUCAAAAAGGACAUGUUUUUGCCAAAGCACURAUGCAAGAUCAAUGCGAGGCUCUGCAAGCAGGCGGUGAUGCCAAAUCAAACUURUACUUCCGUGGAGCGAUCGACGAAAUUAAACUCUGGUCUAUUGCUAAAUCKCACAGRAUCAUAAGUCAAAGUGUGUUUAGCAAUAGAGUGGCUGAUUCCAAUUCGCUGAUUCUCUAUGAAGGAUUUGACAAUGAUUUACAAGAAAACUCUUGGGUCGCGAUUACUAAACAYUUGCCGGAAACCAUCAAGUCGACGAUACCGAGUGAUGCCCACGUUCUAUCCAUCGCCAAGCCUCCRUGUGGUAUUACUGUAUGUGACAACCCAGAAGUUAUACGUAGCUACGUAAACAACACGCACUUACGUAAUCCAAAAAUCUUAAGAUUGCGRGUCAUCAACGUUAUGGAAGACGACGGUCGAAAUCCAAUCGUAACGCCCGCGCAGAUACAAUAUCAAGCRCGCRUUAUAAACGCUACCUUCCGUAGAUACGGCAUUUCGUGGGAUCUCCAUGAAGUAAGCGUGAAAAAUUCAUCUCUUCGUAGGCGCACAGUUUUAUCCAUGUGCACUCCUAGUAUGGUCGGAAAUAUGGAAUGCGAUUCGCAGUGUGAUUUUUCCACUACCGGGCGUGACGGUGGCGAUUGCAUCAAAGGUGAAUUGUCUAAAUGUGAUCCAUCCAAAAGAGGCAAUGGAAAAUGUGACCCCGAGUGUAACAUACGUCAACAUGGCUGGGACUACGGAGACUGCUGCGACCCUAAACUUACAGAAACGCAUAAGACCUGCUUCGAUCCAACAUCCCSUCACCGCGCGUACAUGAGCAUUCGUGAGUACAAGUCKUCUUUGAAUCUCACUAACCAUCGUUACUUGAACGUGUACUUUGCGCAGUGUGGCGAACGCGAGUGUAAAAACAUGAUGCAUGGGCAGGCCACGUUUCCGUGGGAAAAAACCGCGCACGGGAUUCUGGGUGGAGUUAUAGUGAACCCAAGUUUCUUUGGACAUAAAGGACACACUAAUGAUUUAAUACACGAGCUUGGUCACAUGCUUGGMCUAUGGCACGUCUUCCAUGGUGUUUCUACGACUGAAAUGAAGUGCUCAGAUGAAUGCUACGAGCAUUUCCCCUCCAUGGAGCUCGGRGAUCUUUGUUCGGACACCAACCCAACGCCCAUGAACAAUAGAUGCCGUGAUCCUUCGCCAUACAGCGUGGAAGGCGUGUGCGGUCGACGAGUCUUCAAGAACACGCCUUUCAAUAACUACAUGUCCUACAGUCGCGAUUCGUGCACCGAUUCAUUCACACCGCAACAAGUCGCUCGUAUGCAUUGCUAUAUCGACCUUAUAUUUCAAUCAUGGCAACCAAGUAACACAACRCCAUCGUUUAUACCCCUUCCCCCACGGGUUACUAGUGAAUCGCAAGGCAAAGUGACCAUUGCGUGGAUCCCCCCUCUWGGAGAUGGAGGCGAGAAUGCUAAGAAUAUGUGUCACAAAUGCCGAGAGAACAGUGUUUUACAUCAAUACGCCGUGUCAGCGUACUCUCCUAUGCCUGAUAAACCAGAUGGAUUAUGGGCCUCGCACCAGGCUAUCGGUGCGCCUGACGUCGACCCUUGYGUAYUGUCMCCMAACGCGUGGUCGCUGCUACAGAGACCUCACUCGUGCCCAGACUGCUACAUAGAGCUCGGAUUUAAGGAGCCUGUGGUGCCYUCAAGUCUGUCCAUAUGGGUAAACUGGCAUUCCAGUAACGCUUUGAGUGAGAUACAACUACUCCAUGAAGACUCCACAGUCAUGUCUUUAGGUAAUGCGACUGCGCAAUGUGAUGCUCCGCUGACCAUGGCRAUAAAAACCGACAAGAAGGUUGCUAAGGUGCGUAUCUACGUCAGGACGCCUUAUACCAGUAUUGACGCYGUACAGCUYACUUCUUCCUUGYUACAUCGUAACUGCUUGCCYUGUAAACCACUGAAGUACCGYAUUAAACGUUCACCGGCGUUUACGUCAAACCAGCCCGUUGUUGUCACGGAAACGAGAUUUACAGACAAGACUAUMAAAACAGGAAUCAGUUAUCAAUACACCGUACAAGCUGUCACGAGUUCAGGCGUUGUGGGUCCUUCAUCCCCAGUCCUAAACUACGCGCCCAAACGAGGCUUUUGCGGGGAUGGACGAGUGGACAAAGAAACUGGCGAAGAGUGUGAUGAUGGCAAUGUUCGCGACGGUGAUGGAUGUAAUGUACAGUGUAAGAAAGAAGAUGUUUUUCACUGCAAAGGUCAUCCGAGCCUUUGCUACAGACACGAUGGAGAUGGGAUUUGUGAAGAGUUUGAGCGUCGUACUAGCAUCAAAGACUGUGGGUUUUUUACACCAGACGGGUUUCAAGACCAGUGGACUGAAAGCGCAACUAGUAAUCCAAACCUGAGGGACGAGGAAUGYCCUGAGAGUGUUGUGGUUGGGCCGCCUGAUACCAGCUUGGUAUGUAAGGCGAAUAAGGAUUACAGAAUCUCUUGGAGUCCCUGUCGUCGCGAUAGUCGUAGCGACGAAGACUAUUGGUUGGACGUGACCUUCAAGCAGCCCGUUGUCCCUGCUGCUGUUGUUUUGUACCUCGCGUCUGACGGCCUCACAAAAUACAAUGAACAUCAAAAUGCCAAUACAGUGGAGGUUGAAUUGAUUGACACUACAGGMCACAGACACCAAUCUGGUAGCAAGUCGGUACCACUAUCUUGUAAGACUAACCCAGCCAUUGUACCAAUCAGACAUGACAUGACCAAACCAUUUUACUACUCACAAAAGGUAAGAAUAAAGUUCCGUUCGUUCUCAAUCGCUUUUGCUGGAGUGGCUYUGCGUUCUCUAACAAAAGUAGAUCCAGUUGCAAUAGAAGCAUGCGGUCCAGACGAGCUUUUCAACCCGCGUACUCAAAAGUGCCACAAAUACCGCUGCAAGAAACCAUCCUGCAADGAACUGAAAAUCCCAAAUGCUAAUUUAAAGUGCGAGGGCUCAGCCGAAGGUCAGCACUGUUUUGCGACAUGCGCAAACGGCUACCGUCCCAGGAAACGUUUCAGGCUUCUUUGUCUUGAUGGCAAGUGGAARGGGUAUCGACACUGUAAAGCCGUGAACUGUGGACCACCAAAGAUACCCAAUGCGAAAGCAGAAUGUCCAAAGGGGCACAGUUUUGGAUCGAAGUGUUCAUUCCAGUGCGUAACAAACGCGAAACUCAAUGGCAAAGACACSUCUAUCACAUGCGAAGACGACGGCAAAUGGUCAGUCCAGCAGGCGUUCUGCGUCAAGACAUGCGCACCACCUGAUAUCCCAUUGAAUUCGGUUGCCAUUCCCAGUAGCCAUGCGUGUAUUGGAGGAAAAGACAAAAGAUUCUUUCCUGGUAUGGCCUGCAAGUACCACUGCAAACUCGGCACCAAACUCCAAACCCAAACAUUUGUACGUGCGAGGAAAACCCUGAAAAUGCACUGCACAAAAGAAGGCACGUGGAUAUCAAGCUCGAAGUGCGUACCGGUCAGGUGCUCACUUCCUCCACCUUACAUACUUUACUGGUACAACUGCACAAAUGGGGAUUCCCCUGGCAGUGUUUGUACCUCUUCCUGCCCAAAUGAAAAGCCUCAUGAUAUCAAAUGCGGGUAUGAUGGCUUAUGGGACAGAAAGUUUACGAAAUGUGCAAAAGUAAAGACAUGUAACAAACCCGUGACGUCUGGUGUYGUGUACACGUGCGAUGAUGAGGGAAUCAUGGGGGUUUGUAAAGCAAGAUGUGAGAGCUCCUACUAUGAUGCUGUUGUCAAGGGCCAAGAGAACAUAUGGAACGUGUCAAUCAAGUGCACCAGCAAGCUUACCUGGGACCCAGACCCCAGCACAAUCUCGUGCAUGGAGAAAUGUCGAAUGAAGGACCUUGCGGACGGUUUUUGCGACAAGCGACAUAACAACCUACAUUGUCGGUGGGACGGUGGAGAUUGUUGUACAUCCACCUCAAGAGAUGGAGUCAUUCGACCUGUGCCACCAAACUGUGGCAUUGCGUGCGAUUGCAAGGACCCUAACGCGAAGGAAAAUCUCCGUAAGGAUUGGAAAAGCGACGGCAGCGGCGAUAAUCCGUCCCCGGACGAUGAUGAAGACGACGACGACUACGGAGGGGAUUCUUCACUACUGCGCUCGGAAAAUAGCGCWGAUAAAAUAUUACGUGUGGAAACGAAGCAAUAACACAAUCGAUCCUCGAAUGAAUAAUUUGGUGUUUCACGGAACGGCUUCAUUACGUACGCAAAACGUAACUGAACGCACGACAACGCAACGAUCACUCUAACGUGUACGCCCUAUAAAUACAACUGGUCUCUGAGGAUAAGUAUUACUUAUCCAACGUUCCCAUAAGGGAUCGGGUGCUAAUUUUAUACCAAGUUUAAGUUAAUUUUUUUAAAGACAAAAACAUGACGAAUGUUUUAAACCAUCUUUUAUACUAUCAUAUUUGGGGAAUCCAAAAACAACUAUUUUUCAUAUCAAAUGCGGGAAGUAAAAUCGUGAUAGAAUAACAUGUACAGUGAGGUCACUGGAACCGUGUGAAUCAAAAUUCUACUUGACUUUUUUAUACUAUCUUUGUAUCGAAUCUACUACUUAUUUAAAACAUUAUAACGCAUGCACAAUAACACUUCAGUAUUUGACGUAGACCAUUGUCAUCGAUUGUCAGUAAUAUUAACAUUUAUUUAGAUCGAGACGUUCGACGCAUAAAGCUCAAUACUGAUUGACUACAUAAAAAAAGAAAAACAUCAUGAAAAAACAGAAAAAUAUUUGAAGUGUUCGUGGCUCAAGUUUCCCCAGCUUAGCAUCAAAUCUUUGACAUCCUUGUGCUUUAUGAAUUCUAUAAUAUUUCACUAAAAAUUAUAAUAAUGAUACCAAGUAAAUCGAACUUGAAAAUAAUAUCUUGCCUUUAAACAAGCGGUGUGGACCGCAUUUCCAGUUAAUGCUUUUUUUGGAAAAAAUAAAAGAAAUAAAAGGAGUGAUUAUUGACUUUA